AUGGCCAGCAAAAGUGUCGGACGCAUGUGUGUUGUAGCGGGAUGCAGCAAAAGACAGUCAGAUGGCGUGUCGGUUCAUGUUUUCCCCAAAGAUGAGCGACUGCGAGCGGCCUGGUGUCGUUUUGUGAAGCUGACGAGGGCAGACUGGUCUGGUCCUUCGAAAUACACCGUUAUCUGCAGUGACCAUUUCAACGAGGAUUGCUAUGAGGUACAUUUCUCGCUCAUGAAGGACUUUGGGAUCCCAGCGAAGAAGCGUCUACGCCAGGGGUCCAUACCAAGCAUAUAUCCCAAGCGGAAAAGAGACCAACUGAACGAUGCGUUCCUGGAGUCUCCCCAUGGGUAUCGGGGCGAACGAACAUACAACCCUCCCCAUGUAAACACCCCUACUCCAGUACGAGGAGCCCAUGCAAAGCGUGAGAGGAAUAGGGUAUUGGCAGAGCUGCUUCAUGACAACACAGAGGUUGAAGAAAUACAGGAAGAGUCGCAAGACCAGGAUGAAUGUGUUGGGAUCCAAACAACGCCUGUUCCCUUUCCCACACCUGUUUCGGAGGAGAAAAGUGUGUCUAUGGCAUGUCAGACAGAAUCAACACGAAAACGUAGCGUAAAGAUUCAAGUUGCUGCAAGGAAUAAGGAAAAAGGAUUACAAGUUGACCUACAACCCAGAGUUCGAAGCAUUGGUAUUCAGGUUGAUGUACGAGAUGAUUUGCCUGCUCCACGUCCACCUCCAGCACCUGUUCCUGUUCCUGAUUCCUCUAGUGGUGAAGAGUCUAUCCAGACGGAGAAUGAGACUGCCUCAUUGUAUGAACCUUCUGGCACUAGUUCAGAUGAUUCUCAUGUACAGGAUACCAAGUAA